CCGCCAUUACGAGUGUGUGGGAUGGGAAGUAUUAAAAUAUACGGUGUGAAUGCUUAAUCAUACAUUUCACAACGAGUUAUUGUAAAUAUUGUAUAUUAUUAUUAGAAUACUCAUUUGGCAGUCAGAGAAACAUUUAGUUGUUUUUAAGAGACACACAGGAUCCGUUGGUGAGCUGCAGGAGGGGGCGUGCUCGUUACGCAAGGACGGUACUUUAAAGCAGUGCAUGCAUGCAUGCAACACACUUUUUGUGAUUUACUCUCUUUACUUUACUGUGACCUUUCUUAAGUUCAGUUGCUAUCGUUUGUGGGAUCUCCUCAAACUGGAGCUUUGAUUUAAACAUCUCUAAACAUAGUCAGGGAUUCAGCAGUAAAGAUGGCAGCCUCUCUGCUCAGGGUAGGACGACUUGGAUCUCUCAGGCAUCUGCAGGCGGAGAGCUUGAGUUUUGUAAGAGCUCCAGUUGUUGCUCUCAGUUCAAAUUCUGGGGACAGCAAGAAGUCCAAAAAGUCCAACAAAGAAAAAUCGGCUUCAAAAACGUACUUCGAUAUACAAAAACUUGUUCAGCACAAAGAGUAUGUGGAAUUCCCCAAGAAGGCGGUUGCAGCCCCAGCUGCUGCUGCCUUUACUGCGGCAGAAGCGCCAGCCACUACUGCUGAAGCUGCUGCCCCUGCAGCAGAAGUCACUAACCUUGGAGCCAAAGCCGCUGCCCCUGCAAUUGAAUGUACUGCUCCUUUAGCUGAAGCCACUACCUCUGCAGUUGAAAGUGCUGCAGCCACUGCAACUGCAGCAGAAGCUGAUGCUCCUUCAGUUGUAAGUACUGGUCCUGCUGUUGAAGCCGCUGCCCCUACAGCUGAAAUUGCUGCAGCUGAAGCCACUGCUGUUGAAUGUGCUGCCCCUGCAGCUGAAGCUGCUGCUGUUGAAAGUGCUGCCCCUGCAGCUGAAGCCGCUGCUGUUGAAUGUGCUGCUCCUGCAGCUGAAGCCGCUGCUGUUGAAUGUGCUGCCCCUGCAGCUGAAGCCGCUGCAGAAGUCGCAGUUGAAAGUGCUGCUCCUGCAGCUGAAGUCGCAGUUGAAAGUGCUGCUCCUGCAGCUGAAGUCGCAGUUGAAAGUGCUGCUCCUGCAGCUGAAGUCGCAGUUGAAAGUGCUGCUCCUGCAGCUGAAGUCGCAGUUGAAAGUGCUGCCCCUGCAGCUGAAGUCGCAGCUGUUGAAAGUGCUGCCCCUGCAGCUGAAGUCGCAGCUGUUGAAAGUGCUGCCCCUGCAGCUGAAGUCGCAGCUGUUGAAAGUGCUGCCCCUGCAGCUGAAGUCGCAGCUGUUGAAAGUGCUGCCCCUGCAGCUGAAGUCGCAGCUGUUGAAAGUGCUGCCCCUGCAGCUGAAGUCGCAGCUGUUGAAAGUGCUGCCCCUGCAGCUGAAGCCGCUGCAGAAGUCGCAGUUGAAAGUGCUGCUCCUGCAGCUGAAGCCGCUGCUGAAGUCGCAGUUGAAAGUGCUGCUCCUGCAGCUGAAGCCGCUGUGCCUGCAGCUGAAGCUAGUGUCACAGAGCCUAGUUCAAUUGCUGGAACUCCUGUUGUUGAUGACCCAGUCCCUGCAGCUACAGCUGCACCUUCAGAGACAGCUGCUGAAGCCGCCACUCCUGAAGCUCCUGCAGCUGAAUCCGUUCCUGAUGUUGCACCAGCUUCUGAAGCUGCUCAUUUAGAAGAACCACCUGCCCAAGAACCACAUGCUGAAGCUGCCCCUGUUGUAGAGGCAACGACCAAAAUAGUUGCAGAAUCUGUGGCUGAAUCUACCCUCAUUGAGCCUGUUGUAGAGUCUGUUGCAGAGGCAUCUCCUAUUGAAGAGCUGGUCGAUUCUGCCCCUGUGAUCACAGAUGCUACUGAUCCGGCUGAAGUUGUGGAGACGCCUGAGGCUGGAUUAGACCCCAUUCAGAAACUUUUCCUAGAUGCAAUUCGCUCAUACUCUACACAUAGCAAUACCGCUGGUGGUCUAGUUGAUGCAGGUCCUGAGUACCAGAAGGCUCUUGCUGAGGAAAUAACUAAAUUGCAGCGGUUGUAUGGUGGUGGAGACCUGACCUCCUUUCCAGGAUUUAAAUUCUCUGAACCUAAAUUUGAUGACGUGAACUCCAAGUAAACAUUGUAUAUUUGUAUGCUUUCCUCUCCUGUGCCUCAAUGCAAUUAUGUGGAAAAAGUCUAUGAAAUAACUUGUCUUUCAUUGUUAAAAGUGAAAAAUGUAGCAAGAUUAUUUUGUGACUGAAUAGCUAUUUUUAAAAAAAAAUCGUAUGUCUCAUUAAAAAAAGCUAUUUCAUGUAUUGAAUGCACAUGUGGUGGGAAGACCCGUAUAGCUUAUCUGUGAAAUAUAUGCUUUUUGCUUGCUGUAAUUUGUCAGAGUUUGUUUUAAAUAUUUGGGGUAAGAAUGAUGAAUAAACUGAGCCACACAUGAUCUGUAUGUUUUCUCUUUACAGGAAUUAUUAUGCAAUUUUGUGAGUUUUAAUGAUGGACAUCAUUACAAUACACUAAUGAUAAAUGUUGUCUGUAAGCCCCAAAAUAAUCUAUCUACGUACGGGUGGUAUGAAAAGGUUAUACAAUAAGACAUUAUUUUUGACAAACCUGAAACUUGACUCUGUUGUACGUUUCUGAAUCUAUUAAUAGUCAACAGGUUAUUUGUCUGCACAUGCUAUCUGAUCAUUUAAAACUAUAUUAACGUAAUAAAAAGUAUGCUAAGACUUUUAUAACGUUCUUGCAGUACAAACCCAUUGAACAUUUAAAUUGAGCUACUGAUGACUUGCGAACCGUGUUUUUCACACGGACAGUAAUCACAGGGGAACAGCGAUGGCGGCGUCCCUGCUCAGAUUAGGUCGUCUCGGGGCUCUCAAGGUAAUAAAAGAAGCAUUUUUUUCUGUUUCUACAAAUGAAAUACUUUGUAUAUUUGCUAUUAUUGAACAAGCUAAUUGCGGGGAAGACACGUUAAAUCUGGGCUUGUACUGAGUCCGUCCUUACUAACCUGAGAACUGAAACUGGUAAACUGAUCGAAUAGAUAGUGGU